AUGGGGGUAAUUUUGACACGCACAACAGAGUUAUUGACGUGGAUAAUUUCUCUUGCAUUGGUGCUCUCUGAGAAUGAGUGUGCAACAAUUAAUCCUUUGUAUUCUUCUCUUUCUUUUCAGUUAUCGUCGUGGUUUUUACUAUGUAUAACACCAAAAAAAGGAGGAAUGAUGUUCUCCUUAUUUAUUGUAGCACAAGCGGAUAGAAAGAAAAGAAUUGUAGAACUCUUGGAAUACAUUUUGAUAGAGUGGAAUGAAACAAAUCUCUCUUUUUGGGAGAUACAAUGCAAUGCUAUUUCUCUGUGCAGAGGUGUUCUACGCCUUCUAUUGAUAACUACAACGAAAUUGGAAAUGAAUGUCUCUGUUGUGGUGAAAGGAAAAACAUUCCUACUGAAAGAGUAUUAA